CGAAAUAGGGAGUAGAGAAAGCGAGAAGCUGCCUUUAUGGUUCUCCUGCUACUGAUCUGAAUAUAAGAUACGUUUAUAUAUGUUUAAAUGUGUAAAUUGUGUUAAAACCGCACAUGUAUGUGUGAUUUGUGUUUGUGUAUCAGAUAGGAGGGGUAGGUGUGGGUUUGGGUGGAGAGCAGAGAGGAAUCUGUAAAGUGAAUCAGAGUGAAGGUGAAGCUGGAAAGUGAGGAUAUAACUGCGAUCAUCAGCUAAAUAACAAAACACAGCAGGCUGUGUUUCCAGGCGUUAGCGAUGGCGUACCGGGUGAACGACAUCAUGAAGCUGUGCUGUGAGGUGUCUGCGAACCAGCAGAUGAAAGCAGCAGUGAAGAAUUCUGGGAAAGGAGCGGCGGUGGCCGGGGGCGGAGCCUUUGUGGGCGGGCUGUUAGCCGGACCUGUGGGAAUCGCUGCUGGUGGCGCUCUGGGAGGCCUUCUGGGAUGCUGGAUGACCAGUGGUCAGUUUAAACCUGUUCCUCAGAUCAUCAUGGAGCUGCCUCCUCAGCAGCAGCAGAAACUCUACUCUGACGUCAUGGCGGUUCUGGGAAAGCUGGACUGGACGGAUGUGGCCCAGCUGGUGGCGCUGGUGAUGGGGAACGCCACGAUGCAGCAGCAGGUUGCAGCUGCCGUCCUCAGCUACGUCACCAAAGAGCUGAGGGCGGAGGUGCGCUACGGAGACUGACCGUCAGGAGGACAGAGAUAACCAGGACAAUUAGGAUUUAAAUAGUUAAUUAGACACUGUUUAUAUCUGAACUUUGUGCCUUACUGGUGUAUUUAUAUUAUCUAUUUAAUAGAGAUAUUAUUAUAAUCUGAAUGCUGAAGGACUGCAGGCUGGAGUUUUAGGACGGUGGGAGACAAAUAAUGAAAGAAAUUUAAUUCACUCAAUUUUUAUAAAGAUUUAAAGAUUUAGUUUCUGGUGUCUUUGCUUCUUUAGUAGAAACUUUUGUACCAAAAAACAAGCUCCAUGUCUUAUUAUCCUGCAUAUUUUUAAACAUUAAGAACAACACAGCAUUAAGUUCAUAUCACGGUAUGUUGUCUGAGAAAUGUUAUCAGUAAACUGUCAUUGUCAAAGACCCUUUAUGCCACUGAUAAAAUGAUGUUAUAAUAGCAAAACCAUUAUUGAUUUGACAUGCUACUGUUCAAUAGCAAUGGACUUUUAAUUAUGAUUUAAUUGUUAUACUUGAAUUAAAGAAAAAUAAUAAUAAUACAAAAAAAA